AGUCAGUUGGGCUCCUUGGAGAGUCUGUACGUGUGCUUUCCGGCCUUUGUGCUCUCACCACCAACCUGAAGAAUAGCAUUGUUGUUGCCGCCAUUUCCUCCACCGCCAUGCCGACCCGCACCAUGAACCCCUUUGCGACCUCCAACCCCUCUCCCGCCCUGGAUGCCAUAAACGAAAAGACGGAUACACAGCGCCGCCAGUCCUUCACCAAAGGCAACAAGCUUGCAUCCCUCUUCGGCGGAGGUUCGCCCAGGACCCGCAGCGAAGCCGCUGCCCUGCAGGCCGCCAUCCUCGCUCAACAGCAGGCCCUUCAGCGCUCGCCCUCUCCACAGCUCAAUUCAACCUCCCCCCUUCUACCCACUAUCAACCUCACAACCGCGACGGGCGAGAAGCAGCCUUCGGAGACGCGCACCCUCCUCCAACCCCCUUCUCCUGAAGAGGCUCGCAAGAUUGCAAAGGCACACGCACAAUUCGGGCCCCUGGGAUCCCCUAAACACCGUUAUGUCAGUAAACAUGUCGGAGAGUUUGCGGAGCCAAUCGAGGACACGCCGCCCAUGUACUUUCUUAUCACCACUUACAUCAGCUACCUAAUCUUAAUCGUAUUUGGCCAUGUUCGCGACUUCUUCGGGAAGCGCUUCAGGAAGCAGCACUACAGCCAUUUGGCCGAGCAGGAUGGAUAUGCUCCCUUGAACAGCGAUUUCGACAACUUCUACACGCGGAGACUGAAGAUGAGGAUCAAUGAUUGCUUUUCACGACCUACCACCGGUGUCCCCGGCCGCUUCAUCACCCUGCUGGAUCGCAAGUCGGACGAUGGGAACAAUACCUUCAAGCUUCUGGGGACCACCACCGAGACCCUUAAUAUGAGCUCAUACAACUACCUGGGGUUCGCCCAGUCCGAAGGCCCCUGUGCCGAUGCCACCGAGGUCAUCAUCAAAAAGUAUGGCGUCAGCGUAGCCAGUCCCAGGUCCGAUUCUGGCACGUCCGAUUUGACCUUGGAAGUCGAAGAUCUAGUGGCCAAGUUCGUCGGGAAGCCUGCCUCCAUGGUCUUCUCCAUGGGCUUCGUCACCAAUGCGACCGCAUUCCCCACUCUCGUUGGCAAGGGCUCUCUGAUAAUAUCAGACCAGUAUAAUCAUGCCUCUAUCCGCUAUGGUGCCCGCCUCUCGGGUGCCAUGAUUCAGAUGUUCAAGCACAACGACAUGCGAGACCUGGAAAGCCGACUUCGCAAAAUGAUUGCUCAGGGCCAGCCUCGCACCCACCGUCCUUGGAAGAAGAUCUUGGUUGUUGUUGAAGGUCUGUACUCCAUGGAAGGGACCAUGUGCAAUCUCCCUGCUUUGAUCGAGCUCAAGAAGAAGUACAAGUUCAAUCUGUUCGUCGACGAGGCUCACUCCGUUGGUGCGCUGGGACCUCGCGGCCGUGGCGUCUGCGACUACUUCGGCGUUGAUCCUUCCGAGGUGGACAUCCUGAUGGGCACGCUGACCAAGUCGUUCGGCGCCAACGGCGGUUACAUCGCGGCAGAGAAGUCCAUCAUCGAUAAACUGAGGACCCAGAACGCAGCCAUGCUCUUUGGAGAAUCGCCUUCCCCAGCCGUGCUCGUCCAGAUUGCAUCCUCUCUACGCAUCAUCACCGGCGAGCUCGUUCCCGGAGAAGGCGAGGAGAGACUUCAGCGUCUCGCAUUCAACUCGCGGUAUCUCCGCUUAGGUCUCAAGCGACUGGGCUUCAUCGUCUACGGCCACGACGACUCGCCCAUCAUCCCCGUCCUCCUCUACAAUCCCGCCAAAAUGCCCGCCUUUUCACAUGAAAUGCUCAAGCGUAAGAUUUCGGUUGUCGUGGUCGGAUACCCCGCUACCCCGCUCGUCGAGUCCCGAGCACGGUUCUGCGUCUCUGCGGCCCAUACCAAGGAUGAUCUUGACCGUAUGCUGGCUGCUUGCGACGAGGUGGGUGACCUCCUGCAGCUGAAGUUCAGCAGCGGGAUUGCGGGUGGGGCUGCUCCGGAGGAUUUGCCUCGUAAUGAGUAUGCGAUGGAGAGGUCGAGGUCGAAGCCGAAUCCCCCCCGGUGGCGGUUGCAGGAUGUGCUAAGGGCGGGAGUGGAGGAUGUUCAGUUGCCUCUGAGAUAGAUGCAUGCGGAUGGGAGGUGGGGUGGGAGGACGCUUCACUUUUGCCUUGCGCGUCGUGGGCCGCUGCAUGUGACAGCCUCGUUGCCUUCCCAACGGGCCGAGGGGUCGGUUGUGAGGCAACGUCAUUCCGGCAUGUUCUUGUUCUUGUGCUUCCUCGUCUCGCUUGUCAAUUGUAUCGUAGCGGCAGCGCCAGCAUGUAUGCAUAAUUAUAGC